AUGGAAAUACCUUCUGUCCAAAGAAUCGUAAGGGUGAAAACACAGCAAGAGAUCAUUCCAACAGCCUCACAAGUUAAUGGCUUCCCUCAAAGAAGGUGGAAAAUGGAUAUCUGGCUUCUCGAUAACAAUGAGCAAGAGGUUUUAGCAAAUAUUUUCAGUCGGUGCGUUUAUCAUCUACACCCAACUUUCGCUAAGCCUGUAAGGAUAUUAGACGAGUGCCCUUUCACAUUAGAAGAGCAAGGUUGGGGCGAAUUUAGUCUCGUUAUCAAUUGUUUCCUUAAGGAAGAUGCCGGUGAAGUUGAACUUCAACAUGAAUUGACCUUUCAGCAACCCUCAUACGACACUGAUUACAUCAUUAGAGUACCAUGCCAUAUACCUUUACUACGUGAAAUGCUUCUAAAAAGCGGAACGGUGCCUGUAGAAACAAUACCGCCUUCAAACAUUUUACCGAAUGAAAGAAAUGAUAAAUGGAUGAAUGAGCUUGUGGCUAUGGACGAGGAUGUUGUAACGACGGUAACUGCAAAAAUACUGCGACAUCCCGCGGUACAAUCACAGCUUCAAAAAUUCAAUAAAGAUGAAGAGAUUGUUAUGGAUACUCGACAACUGCCUGACGAACUCUUAGACGAAAUAUCCGAUUAUAUAAAGGAGCAGAAAGGAUAA